GUAUUCUCAGUCCUCAGAGGCCACAGAUUCAUUAGUCAGAGCUAUCAAAUGGCUUCUCUCUUGCUCGGAGCGCCUCCCAUGGCUUCCCAAUCCUUAGCCCUCUCCUCGUCUCUUUCCUUCUCUAAAUCACAGGCGUCACUCAGCGCAUCGGUUUCUUCCAUUGCUACCUCUGCCUCAGCUCCGACGCCUAUUUUCAGCUUCUCGGUUUACUGCGGCAGAGGCGACAAGAAAACCGCACGAGGAAAGCGUUUCAAUCACUCCUUUGGGAAUGCGCGGCCAAGGGACAAGAAGAAGGGGAGAGGACCGCCGAAGGUUCCGGCUCCGGCACUGCCGCCGAGGAAAGAUAAGUACGACGACGGUGAGAUCGUCCGAAUCGAAAUCGACGAGUCUUUGUUUACGAAUUGAGUGAGUAUAAAUUAAUCACUAUGUGAAUUGUUGUUAAACCAGCAGUGACAAUCACUGAUUUUCAUUUUGUGCGGUGCAAUUGAGAACGAAGGAAUCAAAAUCCAUUUUAACUCUUCCACGCUUGA